AUGUCAGCCAAGCCAGGUCGCACUAUUCUAGCCUCCUCUAUCUCUAAGACUUACGUCGAUGAGAUUACCGCGAAAGUGAAGUCUCUGAAGGAAAUCAGGCCCAACGGUCCCCUUCUAGUUGGAUUUUUGGCAAAUGACGACCCAGCUGCUGAGAUGUACGCCAGCUGGACUGGCAAAACAUGCGAGUCGAUGGGGUUCCGCUACGAGCUAAGACGGGUGGAAGAGAAAGACUUCUUGGAAGAAGCCAUUAUCGAGGCCAACAGAGACAAAUCCGUGGACGGAAUCAUGGUUUACUUCCCCGUCUUUGGCAACGCCCAAGAUCAGUAUCUUCAACAAGUGGUCGCACGUGAGAAAGACGUUGAGGGUUUGAACCACGUCUACUAUCAAAACAUGUACCACAAUAUCCGGUUUUUGGACGACGAGAAAAUGCUCAAAUCUAUUUUGCCAUGCACACCGCUUGCCGUGGUCAAAAUUAUGGAGUACCUAAAAACCUACAACAAUCUCUUACCUGUCGGUAAUAGGCUUUACGGGAAAAAAUGCGUGGUAAUCAACCGUUCCGAAAUAGUCGGCAGACCACUAGCUGCGCUUCUGGCCAAUGAUGGUGCAGUCGUCUACUCUGUCGAUGUCAACAACAUCCAAAGGUUUACCCGUGGCGAGGGCCUGAAAUUCCAAAAGCACCAAGUCGAAGAUCUCGGAGCCUUCUCUGACGCAGCUUUGAAAGAAUGCUGUGCAGACGCAGACGUCGUUAUCACUGGUGUGCCUUCUGGGAACUACAAGAUUCCUACCGAAUACAUCAGAGAAGGUGCCGUGUGCAUAAAUUUCUCUUCCCACAAGAAUUUCGACGACUCUGUCAAGAGCAAAGCGUCGCUUUACGUACCCAGUACGGGCAAAGUCACCAUCUCCAUGCUGUUAAGAAACAUGUUGAGACUGGUGGAAAAUAGACAGAAACUGCAUAUGCUGUGA